AUGGAGAAGGUUGAGCCCACUUUAGAAGUAUUCUAUGAGGAGAAGAAGCGGGUCAAGAACCCUUGGGGUCCUGACCUGCAGAAGUGUGCUAAGUUGAAUGCCAUCGAGAUGUUAACCAAUAGAAUUAACUUUUCAGGGGCGUUGUUGACUGCUGGUGUGCUCACGGCCGGCUUGAUCAGUUUCAGGCAAGGCAAUUCUCAGCUGGGGCAGAAGCUAAUGAGAGCUCGUGUGGUUGCCCAAGGUGGCACAGUGGCGCUUAUGGUUGGCUCUGCAUACUACUACGGGGAGAAUCCGUGGAAAAAAUCAAGUUAA